AUGGUCAUCAUUCACGCCCCGCACGUGGGCUAUGACCCAGAUGCUGGCAAGUUCGGAGUGUACCGCCGGCGGCAGAUCGGCGAUGCCCAUCACUCCAUGUCCACCUGUUGCGGCAAAAUUGCUGGAGUCCUCAGCCCUUACAUGGAAGCCUACAACAAAGCGUUGGGGCGCAUCAGCGUCCGCGAAGCCAAAGAUGGCGUCGUGCUGUUGAACAUUGGGAACUCCCUGCUGAACCCAGAGGAGGAUGACCUUGGCAUCGCGCUGGACUUCGACCGCAUGCUUGAACCUGGUGGCUUGGACAACCCCCUGCUCCUGCAGAGUACUUCUGUGGUCUACAUCGCGUCCCAGGAGUUCGCCGAGCUCUACAGGAAGGCAGUCGAGUCCGCUGAGCCCGAAGCCGCCCCAGCUGCGUCCACAAGCCAGGUCUUGGCGGAUAUGGAUGCGCAGGGCAUUGCGUGGCAAACCCUCCGAGAACAGCAACUCUCGCACCUUCUGUCGGAGGACUACUUCUCCUUCCGGAAGACGGACGCUGACCUCCAAGGGGAAGCCAAUCGAUUAGAGAGGGUUCUGGUGCCCCACCUGCCCUUCAUCAUCACCGCCCCGCACGAUCCGGAGUUCACGGCAGCGCUCAUUAUCAUGCAAUCAGAGUUCGAUCGCGGCGUGCACUCCAUCGUGACUUCCGACGCCUACAGAAACCGCAACCUUGUGCUCAUCUCCGGCUUAAAUGUGGACAUCGCGCCCCCUGCCGACGAUAUGGAGGCGUUCCCUCAGACGAUGUUCCUUCCCUGGGCGGCGUUCGUCCAGCUGGCGGAUGGUUCGCAGCGAGUUAUCGAGCAAGACGCCUUGGUGACGAUGUUGCACAAGCAGUCCACGGACAACCAGGAUGCCGUGAAUCUCGAACGUGGCUUCGAGGCGCUCUUCGGCCAGUUCGAGAAGAGGAUCCUUUUCCACAACACACGCGACAACAAGCUCGCUGAAGUGCGCACCGUGUAG